CGGAGAUUGAUGGUAGAAAGGAUGGAUAUAAUGUUUCCAGCAGCAGGCCAGCAACGAGAGAGAAUCUGAAACCUACUCGGGCGAGUGACAGUUAUUGAGCAAUUUGAAUCGGCGGCGAUGUCAUUAUAGUUGCCCCAUCGUAUGUAACAAUCCCGGCGGCUACCGCGUGCGCUCGCGAGGACCAAUCGCCACACAUUGUGUACAGUUUGUGUUGUUUUGGAAAACGGACGGGACGCGAAACCCUCCCCCUCGGCUUCGGUGGUGUUGUAGGUGGCAGAGCCACGCGGCACAAGUGCAACACCCUCCCCCGGCAAAUGGAAUAACGAAGCCACCACGCGACGAGCAUGUCGGGAAUAAAUUGACGGAACGGCCCUUUAAAUCGAAUUAAAACAAACGCAAACCUUGUGGACUGGCGGUCAACGAAGUGCCGCACGCCGUCGGGUGCAGGAUCGUGCUGUGCUACACGAAGCGACGAUCGGUGCCACAGUGUCACACAGAAUGACCCAGGCGGAGGAAGUGCUGGAGGUAAAAAAUCUCUACCACAGCAACGUACCGGACGAUCACCAUUCGCCGCACAACAACGCGAAGGACCAACAGGGCAACGAUGAGGCGCCAAGCAACAGUGACGAACGAUCGAGCCCCGUGCACCAGCAACGCGCCCCGGAACCGAUGGAGCUGGUGGUGGAAACCGAAAAAGUGGUCCCAAGUGCGACAACCGACGACACGCUGAUCGCAUCGGAUCGUAACACCGAAUCGAUUGAGUCACGCAAGAAAGACCAGUGGCACGCGCACGUGUACGCCUACCCACCGAAGCAGCCCCCAACGCCGCACUCCAUAAUGGACAUUCUCGGUUGGAAGGGUUGCUCCGGCAAGACGAAACCGUUGGUGGCGUUGACCGGCGAACAACCCGAGAGAUCACCUAGAGCGCAGAGUCGUAGCCCCGCAAGUAUCCACAGGGAACGACCGAAUGAGUCAUUCUUCUGGAACCGAGCGCCGGAGGAUGAUGGGCAUCAUCCGGCGGACGAGGAGGAUGACAUUACCGUCGAUCAGGACGACGAUGAGGACGAUGAAGAUGAUGGUUUGCGUUCGCCCAGCCCAGCCGGAGAUGAGCCUUUGAAUCUUUGCAUAUCCAAAUCCACGCCGACACGUCGGCUGUCGGUACAGGGUUCGGACCUACCGGGUCCUGGGAGAACGCGAAGGCACACUCCCUCCGAGGAAGACUCCACGCAAGAAUCGACGCGGUCUCCCUCCCGGCGGCGGCCAGCGUCACACAGUAAUGCUCAGCCUUCGGCGCGUCUUUCGCUGCAACGUCAACGAAGUGUCCCACUACCACCUGCUGCACCCCAAUCGAGCGACGCCGAGUCGGACAUUUGCAUGUCGAACGAUUCCUCCAUCGAUGGACGCUUUGCUGCUAACGGUGCUCCCGGGGUCUCGCAGAGCGUCACGGCAACGGCGGCCGUCAUUUCGUCGCUUUUUUCACCACCAAAAGGGAUCGCCGGUACUGCGGAGAGUAUUAGCAGCGCUGUGACGACGACAACCCGUAGGGUCUCCCAAACGGAGGAAGGGGAAGAAGACCCAGAACACGAGCUGACCAGCGGCGGCGGUGGCCAUCAUCGGCGCAAGAAGAAAGCUCGUACUACCUUCACCGGGCGGCAAAUAUUUGAGCUUGAGAAGCAGUUUGAGGUGAAGAAAUAUCUGUCGUCCAACGAGCGGACGGAGAUGGCCAAGCUGCUGAAUGUAACGGAAACACAGGUUAAAAUAUGGUUUCAAAACCGGCGAACCAAGUGGAAAAAACAGGACAGUGGCGGUGGAGCGGUCACUGCUAGUGCGGCGGCGGGGGAUGUGGCCGCGAGUCCUUCGCCUGCCGCCUCCCAGUCCCCGAAGGACUCGUCCAGCAGCAGCAGCAAAGGUGGGGUAUCCUCGUCUUCGGGCCGCAUUUCGUCCGGACUGCCGGCAGUGGUGGCACCGGUGGGUGUUGCUGGCGCCCCGGAAUCGAAAGCGAAACCACUGAGCUGGAUCAGUGAGCUCGAAAGUCUGCAGGAAAUGCACCGGGGUGCAUCGAAAGGUCGCUCUUUCGGAAAACGCCGGAACUCUAAAGCGGGGCGGCACCUGGCGGAGGAUAGUGAAAGCGCUGCGCGAAGUAACCGCGGAACGCCCCAACAGAUGGCGCUAGCUGAGACCUUGCCGAGCCGGAACGGAACAGGUCAGAAAGAGCUGGCCAGAAAAUUGCGGAGCGACGAGGAAACCCUCAACGGUGAUAGUAAUCAGCACGCUGAGGAAACGAGUCAGCCUGGCAGGCGAAAAAAGGCGACUCCCGCCGCUCAAUCAACCAUCAGCGGCGCGGCGGCCACCAACACGACUUCCGCAACGGCUAUCCUGUGAACCGUGGUUUGCGUUGCUGUCCGAGUAAUCUUGUUGUUUUUCUUUUUACUGUGCCAUUCAAGGAUCAUUAUCCUUUUGUCUACUUCUAAUUCUACCGAACGGAGGUCGUGGCGCAUCGGCCAUUUGCCCGGGAGAGCGAGAGAGAGAGAGAGAGCUUAUUUUUGAUGCAUUAGUUUCAUAGUUUUUGCUUUUAAGAAUAGAUACUUUAGGAACUUUACGAGAGUGAACUAAACAUGAGAUAUGAGAUUUUUUGAACGCUGUAGAGAGCUAAAACCGAGCAAAA